UUUCAUUCUCUAUGGCGGCAACGUAAAAGCUUUUAAGAUCACUGAUUUAACGGAUAAAACAAACGAGAGUUGCAUUUUAUUAAUUCUUUUUUUUCCCAAAAUUUUACCUUUUGCUUCUGCAUGAACGCUUUGCAGUUUGCACAAAUAAAAAGUAAAUUCGUUCAUCAAUUGAAUUUGUUAAUAAAUAAAAUAUUUUAUUUUAAUUGAGAUUAACCUAAGUACAAUGUAUUUAGGAGAAAAGUUUCCCAACUUCUCUGCCAAUACUAAUGAAGGCAAAAUAGACUUUCACAACUGGAUUGGAAAUUCAUGGGCCAUUUUGUUCUCUCAUCCAUCUGACUUCACACCAGUCUGCACCACUGAGCUAGCUCGUGUUGUGAAGCUGGUUCCUGAAUUCCAGAAGCGCAAUGUGAAAGUCAUUGGCAUAUCUUGUGAUUCCGUUUCCUCUCAUGUGGAAUGGUGCAAAGAUAUUAAAAGCUAUGCAGGCUGCAAUGAGGAGGAGAAAUUUCCAUAUCCCAUUAUUGAAGAUGAGGAUCGUACAAUCGCCUCUAAGCUGGGAAUGAUUGACAAGGAUGAGUUGGAUGCAAAAGGCAUGCCUUUAUCUGCACGAGCUGUGUUCAUUAUCGAUCCCACUAAGAAAUAUAGACUUUCCAUUCUCUACCCUGCCACCACUGGAAGAAAUUUUGAUGAGAUAAUUCGUGUGAUUGACUCCCUGCAGCUUACUGAAAAGAAUAAAGUAGCAACACCCGCUGAUUGGAAGAUGGGUGACGACUGCAUGGUUCUGCCGACAGUGCCUGAGGAUGAGCUCGACAAGUCGUUCCCUCAAGGAGUUACCGUCGUCCAAGUACCAUCUGGAAAGGCUUAUCUUCGCAAAACCGCAUGCCCUAAUUUGUAAAAGUUUGUAAACCAAAAAAAUCUAAUAACUUCUAAAGUUAUUCAAAUGUGAUAAAUUACUUGUUAAAAAUUGACUCGCAGUUUAUUUCUUUGUUUUUUAUUAAAAAUAAACAAACUUAUUAUAA